GUAAGCUAGGCAAUCCAAAAUUAAGAAAAAGCUAAUGAAAGUAAAACCACACUCACACCGCGAAUGAAAGAAAAACACAAACAAAAGCGAAAGAAAAAUAAACGGCGAUGUAAACACAUAGAAGAAACGUGAACACGUCACAGACGAACGUGCAAACGGAUGCACACGGAUGCGGCAGAGUGGGCUGGCUGUGAGCUGGUUGGUUACUGACAAUGAAACCCCGUUGAGUGUGAUGUGGUUGUGCUUUGAUGUGGUUGUGCUGUAGUUGUUUUUUGCACUUGAUCGGAAAACGGUGAAAAAAACAGCAACCAAAAUGGAACGGAUUUAGCGGCGAAAAGGUGCCGACAAGCUGUGGCUCAUUUUUUCGUGCUGAAAAAUGGAAGUUCGUUUGGUUGCCAUUUGGCACCGGUUGCACGGAAAGCACCGAGCUUCACUAAUGAUGAAACCGGGACCGUAAUGAACCGAGCGUUCCGAGUAGUUUCCGUGGUGAUGCUCUAACAAAAGCGCUGACCACGGUGGGGAGGAAAUUAGAAUUCCAAAAUUGUUACAGAUGGUGAGUAAUGUCGGCGACGUAAUUGCAAUAAAAAUGGGUUUUUAUAAUUUAAUUUAUCGCUUCUUCAUUGCCAGUUUCAAUUCGUAUGGUUUGAUUGUAUACUUUGAGCUUGAAUCGUUUGUGUUAAUUUAAGCUGUAAUUAAAUGAAAUGUUGGCAUUUCUCGGUAAAAUAGGUUGAAUACUGGUAGAUAAAAUACUGUUUUUAUAUCCUUUUCAUCAUUAUUCAAUUCAAUUCAAUUCAAUUCAAAUCAAUUUGAGACCAGUAUCAUUGCCUACUCUUGUAUUUUGCUGUAAAUAAUAUUGAAAAAAGUUUUUUUUUUAAUUUUCCAUAUUCUCACAUUUAUUUCAUGCCAUUUGUUGUGCAAAAUGAAUCGUUAUUUCAAAGUCGUAAAAUCUUUUUCCCACUUGUCCUCUUUUCAAUUGUCACUUAAUAUUAGAGAAAUGGUAAUUAUAUUAUGACAUCAGCAACAUUAAGAUUUUAUUAGCUACCAAAUAAUUCACAUAAAACAUUCUGUAAAAGCUAAUAAAUAGUUAUUGAUGAUUCUUCAGACUGAUUCUUCUGAUACAAUUAGAUUUUUACGCAUUACUUCUGACUAGUAAGAAAAGCUUGGAUCAAUUAGAAAUUUUCAAUGAUUUUGACCUUUGACCUUUUUAAAUAUUCGUUGCUAUGACAUCUAGAUCGAAGAGAAAUUGCUUUGAGUUUUAAAAGGGUUUUAAGCCAAAUUGGUUGCCAAAACUAAAAACAUUCAAUCGAAUCCAAAAUAUACAUAUGAAAAAAUCAAGUGAAACACGAUCAAUAAGUCUUUAAAAAUGGCAAAUUAUUUGAUUUCCACAAUGAACAUUUUGAUUUCUAUGCACACCUUUUUAAUUGUGUUUUCCAAUUUUGUUUGUACUAAAAUUUAUAAUUUUGCUCAUAAAAACUUGUUGAAAUAACUCUAUAAAUCAUUCCUUUCUUCCCGCUUGUCUUAUGCAACCACUGCCACACCUGCGCUUGAUUAGUUAAAGUGAAGUGAAUUUAUACGGUCACAUUAACCGCAUGCAAACUACCCUCACCGUACUCGUAACACUGCCACUCCCCCGACAAACUCCACCGAUUUGCUACCCUUUAUUGGUUGUGCUGCUCCACUUCUCAAGCAUUAGAUGGCAAGCAUUUCCAGCCGCCCCACAGAAGCCCAAACGGAACAGUUUGCCAAAUCUAAUUUGCCAGUCACGUUUGGUUGACUUUUGUCAUAUAAAAAUCAUUUGCAUAUUCACCGAACCGGCCAGUAUGGAUUGCUGCUCACUAUCGGGCGCAAGUGGUCCUGCCCUAACGGUUGGUUUUGUGCUGAUUUACCUUGUUGCACCGAGAUGACAUACUCACGUCCUGUACUGCCAGGCUGCGCGGUGCUGUACGCACUCGUUGCGCUCGGUCUUCCGCUGGGAAAGUACGCUGCCGGAAGCUAUCUGCGCGACGUCGAACUGAUCGGACCAUCGUCGCUACAGCUCGAGCACAACACCGUCUACUACUAUCCCAGCUACGUCAGGGGUAAAGAUCCGGUGGAAGAAUACAACGCGCGUCGAUUGCACGUGGACACGGGCAACUUUAUGGAGCAGGAGGACGAUCAGCUCGAGGAGGGUGAGAAGACGCUACAUAGAAGCCAACAGCAGCAGAAGGCACCCGUCGCUGAUGCGGAUUGUUGUUCGAAAGCGAAACGAAAGCGGAAGUAUACGCGUGGACGUGCGCAUCAAUCCAAACAGCGCGCACCGGAUCCGAUGCGCGUGGUCGAUGCGCAGACGGAUCAUGAGUAUAAUUAUUUAAAAAUUCGCAAAGCAGCCGCGGGGGUGCCACGGUACGUGCGGGACGAUGUGGAGCUGUUCGAUAUUGUGCGGCCAGAAAAGCGGACCAAGGAAAAGCGUCCAAUUAGGCGCAGAACACGAACGGUCGUCGGUGAUGGUGGCAAUGGUGAGCGUCGGUACGAAGAAUCCGAUCCACAAGUGUUUGCUUACGAACGGUCGGAUGUGGAACCGAUCGAGAGGGGAGUAUCUAACCAGCCCGGGAAACAGGAGGAUAGUCAAUACUUUCAGGAUACAUUCCAAUUUCAAAAGUCCCCACUGGAGCUAGAGUUUGGCCACUUGUUCGAAUCGAACGACGGCUGGGAAGAGCGUUACGAGCGACAAGAUCAUCAGAAUCAUAGACAUCAGGGAAAAGUUAAAUGGGCCGACAAGAGCGGUGGCUUCGGCGAACACUACUGGGACCUGAACCACAUCCAGCCGAGCGGCGUUUCCCACCGAUAGACGGGCGCGCGCAGAACACCCCGUACAGAUUAAGGCCACGGCGCGGAGGGGUCAAUAAAAAUGCAACCUCCCCAGCGGACAAAUGUCAAGAGCAUGUCUUGAGCACGCGAAUCCGACUUCGAUCCGAGCAACUCCCCGAGGUGCCCUUUUUUCUCCCAUUGCUGGAAAGAAUUGCGCGCCGUAGAUCACCGGCGAGAUGUGGCUGGCGUGAAUGAUUUAUUUGGCAAAUAAAUAUUUAAAAGAGCAUGAUUGAGGUGACGUUUGUGAGCGAACUGUGUGUGCGCCAGCCGGAGCCAAACGAUGCCUUUCGUGGUAAUGAUCUACUGGUUCGUUGAGGUAGUCCAAACGAUGCUGGAGUGUAUUUGUUACCUGCGCGUUAUGUUGCUUAGGCUGUAACAUUAGGCGAAUUAAUAUGCAACCAAUAUUACCAAUAAUGUUUUAAGCAAUAUGAUGUAAGCCUUUCCCUCUGCGUAAAAAUAUAGUUAAUAAUGUUAUGGCUUUUCAUUGAAAUAGACAGAUCGAUGCAGUAUAAGCUCGACCAAACCGUUUUACAACGUUCAACUAUCAAACCGUAGCACUUUAGCAUUUAACGCACUUGAAAUUAUAUUAAAUAUUGCCCUUUUUCUGUAUAUUCAAUGGUCUUAUAUUCAUUUAUUUGUAAAAAGAUGACGUUUUACGCAAUAUAACAGUUAAUUCUCUUCAGUGUCGUUACUCAA